AUGGGUGAUAUAGAUUAUGAAAUAAAAGAAAGUGGUGGUGAUAAAAAAGAGAGAGAAAGUGAAGGUGAAGAAGCAGCAGCAGAAAUUGAAAUUCAGGAUGAUUUCAAUUCUAAAGAAGCAGCAGCAGAAAUUGAAGUUCAGAAUGAUUCCGAUUCUAAAGAAGUAGUAGCAGAAAUUGAAAUUUGGGAUGAUUCUGAUUCCGAUAUAGAUGAAGAUUUAGAACAUCAACUCUUAGAUUUAUUUUGUAAAAGAUAUAAAAAAACAGGCGAAACAGAUAGUAAUAAGGAUGAAGAAUUAGAAUGCAAUCUUAUACAUGAAAUAAGAAGUAAGUACAAGCGUAAAAAGAGGAAGAGACAACUACUACAACAAAAAAAACUACAACAACAACAAUAA